UUGGGGCAAGGCUUCCCCUUUCGGUGUUGUUUUUUCUAUUGCGUCUGGUGGAAUAUGAGGGGUGUUAAGAAACAAGAAUGUGUAAAGGCCGAGCAACUGUCACGUUGGAAAGUUCAUACUUUCCACAUCUUCGUCUGGCUUGGAGGUUUCUGAUUCGCCGAGAUCCCCUCCCUUUGGCCCCUACUGUAGCGCCGCCACUGCGAUGGCCUCGGGAAGCCAGACCAGGCAUGUCACACUAUUCCCUUGCGCUCCGGAAUUACUCCGCUACCAACGCCGUGAAAACGACUCCGACAUUUUUUCUCUGAUCGAAUUUCGUGUCUCCGUUGCGACAAAUUACUUUGAUCUUUCGUGCGUCCAUCUUGCACCAGAGUGUGAUUCUUUCGCGCGAACGCUGCGUCAUUGCUUGCCCUGACCGCCCACUAACCCGACACGGUCUUCGACACUGCCUGCCCCUCCGCUCUCUUCCCCGCGCCACUGCUUCAGAGCCCCCGGUCGAAGAGAAGGGCGGCGUGCCCGAAGACGACACGCCCGCCGGCGACGACGCCGAGGCCGACGGCAACACGCCGCCGUCGGAAAAGGAACAAGAACAAGAACAAGAACAAGAACAAGAACAAGAACGCCUCUCCGAGGCCGCGACGGCACCAGCUGAAGACGAUGCCGCCGCUCCCCCCACCUACGCCGAACGGUCCCCGGCACCAGCGGGAGACGAUGCCGCCGCUCCUCCCGCCUCCGCCGAAUCGUCCCCGGCACCAGCGGGAGACGAUGCCGCCGCCCCCGAUUCCGCCGCGUCCGCCGAACCGCCCGCGGCACCAGCGGAAGAUGAUGCCGCUCCCUCCGCCGAAGCAUCUCAGUCGCCGCCACCGAGCGAGGAGGAGAAGGAAGCGGCGCCGGUCGAGGAGGCUCCGGGUACCGGAGACCUGUCGAGGACCGUGGUCGACGACAAAGAAGAUGAAUCCGCGGCGCCCCCGGUCGGAGACGCCGCCGCCGCCGCGGCCGGUCCCGCUGAUGCGGCGGAACCGUUCAAGACAGCCGCGGGCGGGGAGGAGCCGGCACCCGUUGAGGCGGCAGCCCCGGGUGGAGACAAGACUCCGCCGGAAGGCGAGCAGCCGGCGGCGCCGGCCACGGCCGUGGCUGAAGCCGCCGCCGCCUGGAGAAGGCGACGGGGCGGCGGUCCCUGAGGAGGAGGCGGUUCCUGAGGAGGAGGCGGACGGCGGCACCGCCGAACAGGGCGACGCUUCUGCUGGUGCUGCCGAAGAGGAUGCGGCGCAGGCCGUACCAAGCGAGGCCAGCACCCAGCCGUCUCCACUGGUCGUGCCCGCGGAGACCGAGCCGGCAACAGCAGGGCCAGACGCUACUGCCGACGAGCCUGCCGAGCGGUCCCUCGAGGGGCCCGCCGAAACGCCGGCUGUCGACGCCGCCUCCGAGGAAACCCCCGCCGCCGCCGCUACUACCGAGGACGGAGUCGGAUCUGCCCUCGUUGUCGAAGACGCGGUCGCCGAUCCGACGCCAGCUGAGAGCGAUGCCCUUGCUGCCACGGACACGGCGGCUGAGUCUGCCGUCGAGGGUGGAGACGGUGACACCGAGACCGCCGCUGCGGCGGAAGUCGAACCAGAAGAAGAGGCCACCGCCGCCGUUAAGGGAGAGGAACAGCCGGCGGUUGCCGAAGACGCUGCCGAAGAGCCGGUCGCCGUUGAGCAAGAGCCGGUCGCCGUCGAGGAAGAACCCGUCGCCGUCGCGAAAGAACCCGUAGCAGCCACGGAAGAGCCCGUCGCCGUCGCGGAAGAGCCCGUCGCCGUCGCGGAAGAGCCCGUAGCAGCCACGGAAAAGCCCGUCGCCGUCGCGGAAGAGCCCGUCGCCGUCGCGGAGGCGACCGUCGCCGUCGCGGAAGUGGCCGUCACCGUCGCGGAUGAGCCCGUCGCCCUCGAAGCAGAGACUGUCGCGGAAGAGACCGUCGCCAUCGCCGAAGCACCCGUCGCCGUCGCGGGAGAACCUGUCGCCGUCGCGGAAGAAACGCCUGCCGCUUCAAGCGACGGCGUCGCUGAGGGCGCGGUAGCCGAGGCUUCCGUUGCGGUGGAAUCGGAGGCUGAAGCGGGUGCCAGCGUAGACAAGGAGGAGGAGGAGGAGCCGGUCGCCGCUGGCAAGGAAGAAGAAGCGAUAGCCACCGACGGAGCUGCCACCCCGGCGGAGGAAGAAGAAACUACCCAAAGAAGCAUCGUCCAAGAGGAGGCCCAGACCGAGGUCGUCGCCGAAGGCAAGGAUGACGUCGCUGCAGCUGAUGCUUCUCCCGACGAAACGCCUUCCACGGCAGAGUCCGCCGACCUGCCCACUGCCGAGCCCUUGGUAGGCGAUGCCGCCGCUGUUGCUGCUAGCGCCGGGGAGGAGCCAGCGGCAGCGGAAGAAGAGUCCGCGGCCAAGGAAGACGACCCCGAGCCAGCGGUGCCCGCUGCCGCCGAGGACGCUGCCGCCGAGGACGCUGCCGUGACCGUCGAGGAGGCGGUCAUCACCCCGGACGAGACGACCGCGGAGGAGACUGCCGACGUCGACAGCACGGCCGCGGUCGAAGGAGGAGAAGAAGAAGAGGCGUCGCCGGCGCCCCCGUCCGACGGUGAUCUUCCGGCGGUCGCCGACUCCGCUGAACCGACUGGUGCCGGGGAACCUAAGGCCGGAGCCGGCGGCUCAGCAGGCUCAGCAGGAGAAGAGGAGCCGGUCGCCGUCGUCGCCGCCGCCGUGGUCAAGGAAGAGGAAGAACCGGUAGUCGUCGAGGACGACGAAGUGUCUGCAGCCCCGGCGGAAGACGCACAAACAACACACAAGAGCAUCGUCGAGGGAGAUACCAUAACUGAAACCAUUGCAGCAGACAGCGCAGACAUCGACGCGCCCGCGGAUGCUGAUUCGACGACCGAGACGCCGCCGUCGGAGGAGCGGGAUGUUUCGGAGCCCGAUGAUGUUGCCGCCGCUGUCGAGCCUGUCGUCGUUCCUGCCGCUGAUGCCGCCGCUGGUGCCGCAGAGGGGCCCGCGGCAGCGGAAGAAGAGUCCGUGGCCAAGGAAGACAACCCCGAGCCAGCGGUCCCCGCUGCUGCUGAGGACGCUGCCGUAUCCGUGGAGGAGGCCGUGACCACCCCCGACGAGACGGCCACGGAGGAGACUGCCGACAUCGACAGCACGGCCCCGAUCGAAGGAGAAGAAGGCCAAGAAGAAGAGGCUUUGCCUGCGCCCCCGGCUGAGGAUGUGGCUCCAGCGGUCGUCAAGUCCGCUGAAGAGACCACUGUCGAAGAACCCGCCGCCGUCGUCGAGGAAGAGGCACCCGCUGCUUCAGCCGACGACGCCGCUGAGGACUCAGCGUCUGAGCCCGUUGUCGUCGAAGACACCGCCACCGACCCGGCUUCUGCCCCCGCCGCGGCUGCCGAGAAGCCCGUCGAGGAGAAGGGCGACGCCGAGCCUGCCGCUUCGGCUGAAGCGGAAGCGGGGGCCGGCGCAGCGGAGGAGGAGGAGGAGGAGCCGGUUGUCGUCGCCACCGCCGCUGCUGCCGUCGAGGAAGAGAAACCGGGAAUCACCGAUGAAACCGGUAAGCGAGUGGCGUCGGCUGCCUCAGGCGGCGUGGUGGUUGUGUAAAUGCCGCCUUCGUUGGAAGGAGAAGCGGGGAGAUUUUCUCUUCUAGCAGUAACGACGGGUUAUUUGUUGCCCUUGCGAGGAGUGUUUUCGGUGGGCUAAUGACUCCCGAUUGUGGUGUCGCUGUGGCUGUGGAAGGUCAUGUGGUACCUAGGGGCGGUUUUGUGUCUUGUGCGGGUGUUUGCCUUGCCGAAGUAGUCUGACCUUACCUACGGGCCCCAUUCUGCGGCUACGCGAAACGAUCGUUUGGCGUGCCUCACACCAGAGGUGGC